AUGACGCAACAGCUGAGACAAGUGAUUCAGAUCGGCUGGCCUGAGGAGAGGAAAGAACUCCCUGCUUGCCUGAUGCCCUACUUCAGUUGUCGGGAUGAGCUAGCUAUCUACGAUGGUCUAGUGUUCAAAGGAGAGCGUCUAAUCGUCCUGAAGGCCAUGCGUGCAAGCAUGAAAGAAAGGCUACACAGCUCACACAUUGGGGUGAAUGGAUGCCUACGUCGAGCGAGAGAAUGCCUGUUCUGGCCUGGCAUGACCAGCGAGAUAAAAGAAUUUAUCUCGCAGUGCGAGAGCUGUUGCAUGUACGACAACAAGCAGCAAAGAGAAACCUUGAUGAAUUACUUCUCAGGAUUCUGGGAGAUUGACCCACUUACAUCCGAUUGCAAAGCACCAACCGUCAUCAAGAAGCUCAAGGCCCAUUUUGCUAGACAUGGAAUUCCAGACGUAGUCAUCAGCGACAAUGGACCACAGUUUUAUUGUGAAGAGUUUGCAGCGUUUACGAAGAGCUGGGUUUUUGAGCACAGAACCGGAAGACAAGGACACCAGCAGUCCAACGGGAAGGCUGAAGCCUCUGUCAAGCAAGCCAAGAAGCUCAUUCGGAAAGCGAAAUCUAGCAGGGAAGACAUAUACUUGGGAUUACUCGCGGUCAGGAACACACCAACUGAAUCAAUGGGCUCUAGUCCGGCACAGCGUUUGCUAGGAAGAAGAUGCAAGACCAGGCUACCAACAACAAGGGGGCUGUUGCGUCCCCAGACAGUGUCGACUGAGCUAAUUAAGAAGCAGACGAAAGAGCAGCAACAACGACAGGCGAAAUACUACGACAGGGGAGCUCGCGACCUACAGCCUUUGGAUGAAGGGGACGUAGUGAGAAUGAGGCCGUUUAGGCUUGGGAAGAAGGAAUGGGACAGAGCGACUGUCCGCAAACGGCUUGACGAGAGAUCAUAUGAAAUUGAGACCGACGAUGGUACAACACUCAGAAGAAACCAUGCUGAUAUCUGGAUGCAGCAGACACCAUCCCCUGAAGACCAGAGCCCCGUACCGGUAGCCACAGUGCCUGGUCCAGACCCUCCAUCAGUAUCGUCACCAGCAGCUACGUCUGCCACGGAGAAACCCCCACCAAGCGACAAAAGACCAGAAACCCCUGCAAGACCAAGACGGAUCACCAGGGAACCAGUCUACUUGAAGGACUAUGUCCGACGCUGA